AUGGAUGUGGCUGUGGAGUCCCUCAUUUGUGAGCGGUUUCACUUGCAGCACGAUGCUCGCUGGGUCCUCACCUUCCUGCCUUCGCCAAGUUGUCUGGCGUGCGCCAUUGAGACGCUGAGAGAGGAGGGGGCUUCGCUAGUACGGAAGAAGUAUGUGCUCACCUACCUUCGACAUGUUCUGACUCAGCAUACAACAUUGGUCAUCCCACUGUUUGUACAAGAUGAAAGAGUGUGUGCUCAUUUCAUAGCAACUCUAUUUGAGGUCUUACAAACUGUGGAAGACAGCAGCAUUCUGGAUAUACCUAUUGAAGUUUUGGUAUUGUUGGUAAUGGAGCUGAAGUUGGAGCAGUACCUGCACUAUCUGUUAGAUGAAUGUCAGAAGGAGUUAUGCAAGGUAGCCUCCACAAGGGGCAGCUUACCCAUGUUUGUUCUUCUUGGAAAGCUGGCAGAUGUUAUCCCAAAGUUUGCAGAUAUAUUGAUGACUGAGCACAGUAACAUGAUGGAGCAUCUGGUUGCAGGUUUGAUAUACCCCAACGAGAGUAUAAAGGCUGCUGUAUGUUACCUUUAUGGAAAGCUGUACUCUGCCCCCAGUACUGCAGAAUGGCUUUCUGUGCAUUUCGCAGAGAAACUGUGUGACCUGUUUCUGACUACUCUAAAGAAUGCACAGACAAAGGAACUACAACUUAACUGUAUGGGUUUGCUAAAACAGCUGCUAAAAUAUGACAACUUUGUUGCGGUGCUUAUGUGUAAUUCAGGGAAAGGAGCAGAUUCUGCAAGCCUAGAAUUAUAUGAAGGAGACAGUUUAUUACCUUUAAUCUUGAAGAAGUUGUUAUUGUCAAGAGAUGAGCUAUUGCAGGUACAAAGUGCUCAGUGUAUGGCUGCUGUAUUGGUGCAUUCGCCAACAAAAUAUGCCUCUGCCUUUAUUCAUGCAGAUAUUCCAGAGUUCCUGUUUGAGUGUCUCUCCUGCAUGAGUGAAAUUCUCAUCUGGUCAAUUUAUUGCUGCCUGCUGCUCCUGACUGAAGAACCGUGUUUCUUUUCCAAAUGCCACACUGUCUAUGGUAUUGAACCUAUUUUAAGGAGCUUGAAAGAAAUCUUGACCUUUAAUAAUGUGGAACUGCACAAGCAGGGAUUUCUUCUUUUCACUGAAAUUUUGAAAAGACAGCCAGUGGAAAUUAAAUUAUUUGCAAGUAUUGCUGUCUUUAAAGAUGCCAUUACUAUUCUUUUGGAAGCUGUAAACUCACCUAUUCUUGAAGUAGCAGCUGAAGCUGUGAAUGCUGUGGCUGCAAUUCUGAGAAAGGAUCAUGUGAGUUUUCCACCAGUACAAUAUGGAGAACUGCAGAAGCUGAUUGAAGGUGUACUGAAGCGGUGUAUUGAUCUUCCACUGCCAUCCUUUAAUAGGAGGCUCAUGGGCCACCGGGGGAGCAUACAUCAGAACAAAGCAGUUUCACAGCAGGGGCAGUUCCUGCAGAGUGUCUUAGAAAGCUUCAGAAAUGCUUGUAGGUUAGCUGUGGAAUACCAAAAGGAUCCUCUUGCUCAGGAGAAUGCUUUUACUGCACCAAACUCAGAGAACAAAGACACCCUGAAAAGCUUUUCUGAGUUUCUACUGAGAAUAUCAGACUCUCUCUGCAUUCCCUUAGUUAUGAAAUAUUCUGAAAAGGCUGUCCGCCCAGGUCUCAUGGAGGUCUUCAUCUCAACCCUCAACAUCCUAUUCAGUGUUAAGCCAGAUGCUCGUAAGAGAUUCUCUAUUAAGCUGGCAUCAUCUUCCUUCAUUCAACUGAAUCUGCAGCUGAAGGCCAAAUUCUGCACUGGACAAAGUAAUCCUGCUUUGAAUCAAGCUUGUUCUAGCUUUCUCUAUAAUAUGUGCCUCAGUCUUCAUUCAUUCUCUGAGAGGACAGUGGAUUCCCCCCAAGAGGAGCAAGAAAUAUCUGAACUCUUGCAGAGAAGUUUGCCUCAAUUAAACUACAAUGUACUGGAAAGCAUCAGCCUGUUAUCUGAAACCCCAGGUUCCUUCUGUUUAGAUGAAACUCUUCGUAAUCAUCAGUACAGUCUUCUCCUUCUUUUCUACUUUGCUUUUAGUCAAGAGGACAGAUUUGUUCCAGAAGUAGAAUUAUUUUCUGCUAUAAGAAGUUUUCUUCUAUCAGUCCAGAAUCAGGGUGAUUGUCCACCUCCAUAUGUCUUCAAAACUGUUUUGUACCUUCUGGCAGUCUGUCAAGACAACUCUGAAGCUUUAGAUUUGGCUUCACUUUCUGCUAUAAGAAGGAUCCUAGAUAUUAUAUCUGAUUUCAGUCUGGUGUAUGUCCAUCAUCCUCUACUACUUAAAUUCUUCUUACGCUAUCCUGAGCUUAUGGGAAGAUUUGGUCACCACAUCCUCCGACUCUGGUUCUCCUGUGAGGACUACAGUCAAAUUGGAUCUGAAGAUGUCACAAGAGACUUUGCUAGCUUUUCUGAUGGCUUAAACAACUUUAGAAGUUUGCUUUCCUUGCUAAAGGGCAAUCUUAAUGCUCUACUUGUGUUGCUGGAUCUAGUCUGUUCCAGCACCAGUGAAGUGGCUCACAACAUCUUAAUUACACUAGAGUCAUUUCUGAAAAUAGAAGAGGAUGUUCAUGUCUGUGACCUUCUUCGAAGCCAUUUUCUACAGAUUUUGCAGAAGCUUCUGGUAGACAAUAGUAGCAGCUUUUUACAAGUAAACCGGACUCUGCCACUUGUGUUGAACCUUAUCUUCCUGGUACAAUUGCGAUAUGGAACAGAGAGAGAGCUGGACAGCACAGAUUUCCGAUUGCUCCAUCUGGUCAGCAAUUUAUCUGGGAAGUGCUGUCUAACAGACCUUGAAAUUCUUCAGCCAUCCCUAAACUUCCUGUACUUGAGCCUUUGGCAGACAACAUCUUCCAGUCAGCAAAGAGUGGUGGUGAUGUUACUUUCUAAUUCACCUCUGCUAGAGCUACUUGAGAAGAUUCUCCAUUGCACUUGGAUGCCAACCUCUUCCCCUGAUCCUGCUUUCCCUUCAUCUACUGAAGCCCUUUUGUGCUCUGCUUGGCUGCUGACUGCUUCCCUCUUGACUCAACAACAUAAUUACAAUAUAGAGGUUAGAAAUAUUAUCCUAAGAAGAGCCAUGCUGGAUCAGGUUAAGGUCAGCAUUCUUCAGUUUCUGAGAGCCUUCUUUCGACAGAACCUCUAUUCCUCCUUUGUGAAGUUUGUUGUCCAGCCCUCAGUUGAACACAGGAAGGAACUACCACAAUCAAAAGAAGAUGCUGCUUUAUAUCCAUUGGCCAUGAGGCAUGUACUGUCUUUGAUUAUCUGUCUGCAGAACCUACUGGUACAGAAAGACAUUUUGCUGUCGCAAAGUGUUGUUGGAUGUCUCGAAGUCCUAUUGGAAUACCUGCACUCAAAGAACCAGAGUAUUGCACACCAUAUAGCUGAACAACCAUGGAAUAGAUUCCUGUUGAUCACACUUCUGGAUGGUGUGAAACAUUCCUUUCUUCACCCAGAAAUUCUUAGACUACUUGCUUUGUUUAUGAGGUACCAAAGCACCAGGAUUAUUUCUCAAAAUGAAAUUAGCCACAUACUUGAAGAAGCAAGAAAUUCCAAAAUGGCAGAACUUUCUGAUGCUACAAUUGCUGCUCUUCGCUCAUUUCUUCUUCAGCUUCAAAAUGGAAAAUACCAGGUGGAAUCGACCCAAAAUACAUAUGUCCAAAUCUUGCUAGAGAGCCUCCCAUCAACAAGGAGGAGUCUGCAUACCCAUCAAGACAUGGUAUUUCAUAAUGGAAUAGUAGUGUCUCUCUCACACAUCAGAGACUGAAAUGAGAAGAGAAAGUACUGAACACAGUAAUGAAUGGAUAAAGCAACUUGCCUUUAUAAUUUUUGC